AUGUGGCAAUGGGGGAGGCAACCGGGUGCUCCGCCACGCCCGGCCACACUUGGGCCACAACGGCCACAGGGUUUUUUUCAAGGUGAGGCUGGUGCCCCGUCGACGUGGCACGACCCGCGUGGCUGGGCGCCCCGUCUUCACCUGUCAAGCCUCGCCCCAACCCAGAUCUUGGGUGUGGCUGUUGAAGAACCGAGCGAAUCGCAGCACCCCGUCUCGGGUAACGUGACGACCUCGGACUCUGGAGGGGCCAGGGACGUCUCCAGGCUUGGCCAACUUUGUUCGCCACGGCCAUGGCCAUUGAGGUAUGGUCUCAUCGGCACGUUUUCUGGAGGGGGCCGGAGGUUGACGAUGUCGUCCGAGAAUGGCCUGUGUGGCUUACGCUGUUGGAUGCGUCGUGAUCCUUUUGGGAAUGCGGGAUUAGCGCGUCGACCAGUUGUCUUGCGUAGACGACAUAUGAGGAGCCGCGGGCCUGCGUCUUUCGUUGGCUCGUCCUGGUGGUAG